AUGAGUGGCGGCAGAACGACGAGACUGUUGAAGAUGAUCAUCAUGGGAGCACCUGGCUCUGGGAAGGGAACCAUUUCAAAAAGAAUUGUCAGUGAUCUUCACCUUCAUUUCCUCUCAAGUGGGGAUGCACUGCGAAAUGAGAUUGAAUCAAAAAACGAUGUUGGUCGAUUAUGUGAAAAGUACAUGAAGAAGGGUUUGCUGGUACCCGAUGAGAUACUCGAUCGGAUUAUCUUUGAUAAGUUGAAAUCAUUCAAGGAUGCUGGCUGGCUCCUUGAUGGUUUUCCUCGCACCCUCACUCAAGCCAUCGCCCUCUACAGAGAAGAACUCGUCCCCGACCUUGUCAUUGACCUUCAAGUGCCCUUCGAAGUCAUCAUCGACCGACUGAAGGACAGAUGGGUCCAUCCUGGUAGUGGCAGGAUCUACAACUUGCAGUACAACAAACCAAAAAUUCCUGGUUUGGAUGACUUGACAGGUGAGCCACUGAUCCAGCGACACGAUGACCAACCCGAUACUGUCCUCGCUCGAUUGGAACAUUACAAAGAACUCACAAUUCCUGUCAGUGAGUUCUUCAGGGAUCGACACAAGCUGGUCUCAUUUACGGGAUCCGAGUCGGACGUCAUCUGGCCCGAGAUCAGAAAGUACUUGCACGACUAUCUAGACAGGAGGCAGGCUGAAGAUGAGUCACAAAUUUAUCUCUGAUGACGACGACAACGACGAUGGUGGUGAUGUUGAUGAUGAUAAUGAUGAUGAUGUUAUUGAGGAUUUGGAUUAGAAUGACGAUGAUAAAAAAAAUGAUUUGAUGUUGGAUGCUAUUUACCAGUUUAGUUUAGUUUUGCCGGUC